AUGGCGCUGCCUAUGCUUGUCGGUGGUGCGGAUUGCGGGCCAGUGAAUCCAUUGCAGGGGCUCGCGAAGCGGCUGGAUCAGGAUAGAGGCGCGCAGCAGGACUUUUUUGGUGCCGGGCGUGCCGGCUCAUCGAGAGAGACAUUCCGAACGCAGCCUGCGCAAUCGAGCCGGUUGGACGAGGAUGCAUCCCGGUUCUUCAGUCCAGCAGCACACGCUGGCCCUCAGCUCGCAAGACCGUCUGCCUUCGACUUGUCUCUUCUGCACAACUCCCUGCCGUCACCUUCUCUCCAAAACCACACCCAGGCACCCGUUUCUGCGGCUUCAUGGGCUGCUGAUUUUAUGCAACAUGCUGCGCCGAGUAUGGAAGGAGCAGCGAAGCCAUGGGAGAAGGGCAAAGCGAGAGAGACACCAAUGCAGUCACCGACGAGCAUACAUGAAGCACAACAGCGCCCGAUGCAUUGGAGCCCGCCAGGCCCUGGGUAUACAAUGAGCCCGAUGCCAGCGUUCGCCCCGAUGGCCAUGCAAAUGCCCCAGCAGCUGCAACUACAACAACAACAUAACGUCCAUCUCGCAGCAUCCGUAUGGGACCAAGAGUUCUCGUCCCAGGGACAAUCUCUGACUCAGGCGGAGCCCGUAGCGGCACCCAGUACUAGCGAAACAGAUACGAGGUCCAUGAAUCCUCUCGAGCAAGACGAACUCGCCCGCACCGCCGGCAUGCUCGUCGAGACGCUCCAGACGGAGCAGAACCCGAAAUUCCAGAAAAGCGAGUUCAUGGGCCUCAUGCGGCAGCUGCGCGACCACAAGGUCGUCGUGGAGGGCAACGCGAUGGUCGAGACGGACGCCCCGGGCUCCGCGGCGGGGUGGGCCGACGAGCUGCAGGGCGAUGUGCAAGACAAGGGCAAGGCUCGUGCCGAUGUGCCUCCCGCUAUGCAGGCGGUAUGGGUACCGCCCGUGGACGCCGGUCUCAUACCGCCCUUGGAGCGGAUUCGAUUCGCCAGCGAGGCCCGUGCGGCCCUGCGCAGCGAUGAGCCCCAAGAGGCCGAGGAGCAGAGCCACCAGGAGGCGGACCCCAACGAAGAGUACUUCCGCCUGGACAACGAGGACUACAUGGACUACUGGAAGGCGCAUCACAUGGGCCCGAUGGCAGCGCUCACCGAUCAGGCGCCCUUCAACGAGUGGGACAAUCUCCAGCGCGACUGGGAGGACUUUGAGGCGACCGCGAGCGGGAUCAAGCCCGUCGCGAACUACCAGUUCCAGGCGAACAACCCGUACAUGCUCGGCGACUCUUCGCGGACCCGCAAUCACCUGAUGCAUUCCGACAGACCGCAGUCGUUCUACGAGAGUGUGCUGGAAUUGGAGGCAGCCGUGCAACGUAAUCCGAGCGACGCGUACGGGUGGUACGAGCUCGGGGUGAAGCAGCAGGAGAACGAGCGGGAGCACAGCGCCAUCCAGGCGCUCUGGCGCGCGAUCGAGCUCGACCCGACGCAUCUGCCGACCUGGCUAGCGCUCGCGAUCUCGUACACCAACGAAGGAAACCGCGUCAGGGCUUACGGCGCGAUCAAGGAAUGGGUGGAGCGUAACGAGCGAUACAAGGAUGCGGUCGCCCGCCACCGUGCCCAGUUUCCGGACUCGCAGUCUUCGUUGCAGUCUGAACGGUUCAGCAAUUUGAUUCAGUGCCUUAUCGCUAUGGCUCGCAGUGAUACCAGCGGGGAGAUCGACGCUGACAUCCAGGUCGCCCUAGCCGUGCUGCUAAACACAAAUGAGGAGUUUGACAAAGCUCACGAUUGUUUCAGGACGGCUUUAGCUGUUCGGCCUGACGACUGGCUGCUCUACAACAGAGCCGGUGCAACUCUAGCCAACAACGGGCGGCCUGAGGAAGCGUUGCAGUUUUACUACCGGGCGCUUGAACUAAAUCCAGCAUACAUCCGUGCGAGGUUCAACCUAGGCAUUUCUUGCAUCAAUCUCCGGCGCUAUGAGGAGGCGGCUCAGCAUAUAUUAGACGCCCUGGUGCUCCAAGACAGCGACAGCGUCUAUGACCAGCCAGGCGCCGACAAGCGCGGUAUCACGUCCUCGGCGUUGUGGGAGAGUCUCAAGACGACGUGCUUGCACAUGCAGCGUAUCGAUUUAGCGACGCUGUGCGAGCGCCAUGAUCUUGAAGGU